CGCAUCAAUCAUUCCUGCCUGCUCUUCGCUAUGUCUACGGACAAGGUGAGAUCCACGAAGCUGAAGUUUAAAGGCGAAAAGCCCAAGAAGAAACGAAAACAUGACGACGAUGACGAGACGGGGAGAAGCAGUCGCCGGCGCAAGCAGGACGAUGACCAGGAACCCGAAGCCUGGGUCUUUCCUGACGAUCCCACUCAAAUAAGGGGCCCUGCAUUCAUAUUCCACCCUUCAGACCCCUCACCCAUCUGUAUCACAUUUGACUCAACGCGAAAUCGCAUCGUUCUCCAUGCACUCGACCGUGAUAAAACCGAGGAUAGCGGGGUGAACCCAAGCUUGUUGGAACGCGUGCCCACAGAAGUGUCUCAGGUCUGGGUCAUUACUCGAGUCGCGGGUGCGUCUACUAUUAACCUGCGUACCGGCGUUGGAGAAGGCAAGUUCCUGUCCUGCGACAAGCAUGGGAUUGUGUCCGCAGACCGAGAGGCUCGAGGCCCUCAAGAAGAAUGGACGCCUGUUAUCUUGCCCGAUGGCAUGGUCGCAUUCCAGAAUAUAUAUGAGAAGUAUCUCGGUGUUGACGAAGCUGCUGGCGGUGUCCUGCAGCUACGAGGAGACAGUGAAGAAGUAGGGUUUGCAGAACGGUUUUGGGUUAAGAUACAGAGCCACUACAAGAAAGAAGCGACAGAGGAGGAGAAAAAGAAGAAGGCUGGCCUGAUCGAAGAACCUUCUGCGGAUGAAGCUAAUGUCAACCGCAUGUAUCAGGCUUGGGGCGCUGGAAGAUCUGUGGUCUCGAAGGAAGACAAGAAAGAGAUAAAACGCGCGAAGAAAGAGGGCCGGUUAGCUGAGACCAUGCUGGAUCGGCGGGCAAAACUGAAAAGUGACAGGUUCUGCUGAGAUUGAUAACCACAGGACGUACUUUAACGAAUGCGUAUUACGCACCCUUGCAGACAUGAUUUUGACGACGACAUGCAACCUGACCGCCUACGAAAUUGAAGGGGUAUAGUCACAACGUUUGUGUAUUUCUUCACAACGAUGUAAAACAUGUUUGAUACGGCUCUAAUGAUGGAUGAGUCCUUCCACCACUGUAGGACGUCUACUGACUCUUCUUCAGAAUCUUCGCAAAAUUCAUCUCCUGCACAGGUGCUUGUCAAGGGUGACACAGCGAUAUGUGCAACAUGCCGCCUACCGGGAUCUCCAUAGCGAGCAAGGACGGUCAGCUGCAGUGGCUUUUGG